AUGAUAAAUUUACUUUUAUUUCUAGGUCCAGAAGGUCUUAAAUGGAACACCACAGCGAUUACAGUUUUAGAUGAGACUAGUUUAAGCGCGUUAGGAGUUCCUUCAAGUAUUUUGAUUGAAUUUAGAACACAAAUUCUAUAUGCUGUCGAUGUCGGUGACAAACGAGAAUAUCCAAGUGGCUUACAACUAGAUCAAUAUGGUAACUUAUAUGUUUCAGACACAUUCAAUAAUCAUGUUCUUAAACUUCGUAAAUACAUUGAAUCUGAAUAG